UUUAAAGUUAGUGUUGAAAGAAGGAAGGGAAUUGGUGAAAUUGAGCAUAGUUGUGAGUUAGCCCAAUUAUUACUCUCUCAUAACCUAAAAAGCCCAUUUCUCUAUCAGUCCAUUGCCACCUACCGAUGCUCAUUAUCCCUUCUUCCUUCUCCGCAACAACCUCCACCGCCACACCCCCAUUCCACCGUCAUUCACUCGCCGACACGCACCACUACCCACCACAUUCCCUCAUCUUCCGCCCAGGGUCUACCAGUUUUGAAGUAUGAACAUCGGAGGGUUGGAUUAAAAUAUCAGCAUACACCAAUUGUUUCCUUAUACGGUAGCAAGGGAAAGGGCAGUGAUGAUGGGGGUUCUCCAUGGAAAGGUUUGGACAAAGUUGUUGAAAGUUUUAAGGGACGAUCAGUAGAAGAUGUCUUGCGACAACAAAUUGAAAAGAAAGAGUUCUAUGAUGGUGGAGAUGGUGGCAAAAGACCUCCAGGUGGCGGCGGCGGCAGUGGUGGUGGCGACAGCGGUGAUGGUGGCGAGGAUAGCUCUAGUGGAUCUGAGGAUUAUAGUCUCACAGGAAUUAUGGAUGAAAUACUGCAAGUCAUUCUGGCGACCCUCGGCUUAGUUUUCGUAUACAUUUAUAUACUCAGUGGGGAAGAGCUAUCGCGAUUAGCGAAGGAUUACAUAAAGUAUCUAUUUGGAGGAAGCAAGAGUGUGCGUUUGAAGCGAGCGAUGUACAACUGGGGAAAGUUUUACCAAAGCCUCAUGAAAAAGAAGAAAUAUGAUCAAUAUUGGCUGGAGAAAGCUAUUCUUAGCACUCCAACAUGGUGGGAUAAUCCUGAUAAGUAUAUGCCUAAGAAGGCACAGAAUCAGAAACAGAAUGUUGCAUCAGAUGAUUAUGAUGAAACCGAUUACCUAGACUCUGAUUAUGGUGAAAUUGAUUUCUAAAGUCUGAUUAUGGUGAAAUCGAUUAAGUAAAGUCUGAUGAUGAGGAAUUCUGAAUCCUUCUGCUUUUCUGUAAACCAACCUGAUGUGUCUUUUUCUGCUGUCAAUUUUUGUUUUCUGAGAUGCUAAAUUUGAUAUGUUAUGUUGUAGGAUCUUGGUGGACUGAUGUACAUAACAUGAGAUUUUGUCACUUUUUAUAAUGUUCUUAGUUAUGUGAUCUCAAAGUCUUUCUGGUGA